UGACUUCAGCCCCGGCUGAAGGGGGAGGAGCAGGCGGCGGAGCAGGCGGCGGAGGCUCUUCUCUGCUCCCAUGUUGAUGUUUGUUUGCUAGGGUGGCAUUGCCGUGUGUGGACGGGGAUUGACGGAGGGUUGUCGAGUGGCCUGGCAAGACGCUUUAUUGAGGAAAGCUGCAACUUUGCCCCUACCCCUCCGAAUACGAGGCUGAAUAAUGAAGAUUUAAGAUAAUGUCUCAUCGAUUAUUACUAUGAACCGCUUUGCCAUAUGGCUGUAUGAUCAUGUUUGACUCGCCUCUCUUGACUGACGGCCAGUCCGGGAUUUUGGAUCUCGUCUGAGGGCGCUUUCUCUGGAUUUUCCUUCCCCGUUAAAAAAAAAAAAAAAAAACGAAGUUCCCCCUCGGCGACGAGACCCUUUCCAACUCAUUUGUUCAUCUCUAAACUUCCAAAAAUGGUCUUCUUCGCUUUGGCUCGAAACAAACCGGGAUAACGACGGGAGAAGCUCCGCGACAACACCCCUACCAAGGACGGCCAGUGUUACUUUCCCCCCGAGGCUGUCCUGGCGCUGGAUUUUUUCAACUCCUUAUUUUUUAUUUUUAUUUUUGCUGUAAUUGAUGCAUCUUGGGGAGUCCAUGAGAGAGUGCGAGUACAGUCAAAUCAGCACUCGCAGCUCCACGCCAAUGGAGACCCCCUACAAGAAAAGGACCCCAAAGAGGAAGAAAUGGGAGACCUUCCCAGGUCGGAAUAAAUUUUACUGUGAUGGGAGGAUUAUGAUGGCCAAACAGACGGGGGUUUUCUACCUCACCCUGGUCCUCAUCCUUGUAACCUGUGGACUGUUUUUCACCUUUGAUUGUCCGUUCCUGGCACAGCAGCUGACCCCCAUCAUUCCAGUCCUAGGAGGAGCUCUGUUUUUGUUUGUACUGGGGACUCUAUUGAGAACCAGCUUCAGUGACCCCGGCGUCCUGCCUAGGGCCACCCCUGACGAGGCAGCGGAUUUGGAGAGACAAAUAGAAGGGUGACAUGACAUGGAGGCC